AUGGUUCAGCUUAUGAAGGAGCAAGCAGCAGUGGCAGGGAAGAGUAUUGCUUCUCUUUGGGUAACCAGGCGGCAGCUAUGGCUCUCCCAGUCACCACUGCAGCCGGAGGAUCAAAGUGGCUUGAUGAAACUCCCGGUUGACCCUCAGGCCAUGUUUGGUCCUGGUGCCAUGAGUAUGUUACAGCAGGCCCAGGAGGCACGCAGAUGUGCGCGGGAAGUGUCUGGGGUGGUUGUGCGGCGGCGCAAGUGGCAGAGUGCAGGUUCCUCAUCCAGGCCACCUACACAAACCGGUCAGCAGCAAAACUGGGGCUCACGGGACUUACGUACCACCAUUGAGGCCCAGCGGCGACGGAACAGGGGCAAAGGGGGGCCAUCAGGUUCUGGGUUUCAGGCUAAGGGCCGACCCAAGCCUCCGCCUCAGUCCUGA